GCCUCGCCGGAGCCUCGAACUUCUCGUUUACGAAUUGAGCGCGUCUUUGAAUGGGAUGUCCCGCCCGAUCCACCCCCCUCCACCUCCAUGUACUCACCUGCCUUUGAUCCGCUGGGUGCUCUGUACACGCCCAAUGUGGCUGCCAUCCCGGAAGUGCACUUGAUCCCCGGGCCCAUCCGGACCUUUGAUCACGUGGGACAAUACGAGGCCUUUCGAGAUGGAAGAAUCCAGGCCUCCGAGCAAAAAGCACGGGCCAAAAAGGCCGAGCAAGCUGCGGCGCAAGAGGCGCCGCUUCAACGAAGAUUCUUGCCCGAACAGAUGCCCGUACCCGUGGACGGACCGCCGGGCAAGAACGUGUUGACCUACAUGGAACGGCAAGCCACCAAGGGCGGACCCAUGGCCUUCUUAUCGGAAUGCGUGAAUCAACGCAUCCGAGUCAAGGUCGUAGUUCGCGGAGCGGUCAGUAUCCGAGGCUCGCUGGAGGCCUUUGUAUUGGCCUUUGAUAAAUAUUGGAACCUGGUCUUGUCGGACGUGGACGAGCUGUUCAGUCGGAAACGGCGCGGUCCCAGUAUGUUCACUGAUCAAGAUGCGACCGAGGCCAAUGUCUGGACUUGGCGGAAUCCCAACCGUCCCAAGGGAUCGCAGAAGAAGCGGACACCCGUCAAAACGGAACAAGUGGGUUCCACUACCCUUCAUAUUCUCAAAACGCGACGGAAAACCGAACUAUGUCAACGUCAUUUGCCCCAAACUUUACUUCGAGGCGAACAUAUCGUCACCGUGGCCAAACUGAAAUAGAAUCUAGGGCUGUGAUAGUAUCUUUGUAUGAAGAGUGGUUUUGAUGACUGGAUGGAUAUUCAUAUUUUAGA